CCUGAGAGUCAACCAGUCACCCAGCCUGGAGCACCCGGGACCCUGAGGCCACAGAGCAGCUGCUCCCGCCCCGCAGCGCUCCUGCCCCGCAGCCUUGCUCUCCAACGUGUCUCAGGCACCCGCAGCCUAGGUGGGCGUCAGGAUGAAGGCGGCCCGCUUCGUGAUGCGCAGCGCCAGCUCGCUGGGCAGCGCCGGCCUGGUCCCCAGGGAGGUCGAGCUGUUCUCCCGCUACAGCCCGUCCCCGCUGUCCAUGAAGCAGCUGCUGGACUUUGGUUCAGAAAAUGCCUGUGAAAGAACUUCUUUUUCUUUUCUGCGGCAAGAAUUGCCCGUGAGACUAGCCAAUAUCCUGAAGGAGAUCGACAUCCUCCCUGACCGGUUGGUGAACACCCCCUCCGUGCAGCUGGUGAAGAGCUGGUACAUCCAGAGCCUGAUGGACUUGGUGGAGUUCCAUGAGAAGAGCCCAGAAGACCAGAAAGCUCUAGCCGACUUUGUAGACACACUCAUCAAAGUUCGAAACAGACAUCAUAAUGUGGUCCCUACAAUGGCUCAAGGGAUCCUUGAGUACAAAGACACCUGUACAGUUGACCCAGUUACCAAUCAAAAUCUUCAGUAUUUUUUGGACCGGUUUUACAUGAACCGCAUUUCUACGAGGAUGCUGAUGAACCAGCACAUCCUUAUAUUCAGUGACUCAAAGACAGGAAACCCAAGCCACAUUGGAAGCAUCGACCCAAACUGUGAUGUGGUAGCAGUGGUCCAAGAUGCCUUUGAGUGUGCAAAGAUGCUCUGCGAUCAGUAUUAUUUGACAUCGCCAGAAUUAAAGCUCACACAAGUAAAUGGAAAACUUCCGGGUCAACCAAUUCACAUCGUGUAUGUUCCUUCUCACCUGCAUCAUAUGCUCUUUGAACUAUUCAAGAAUGCUAUGAGGGCCACAGUUGAGCAUCAGGAAAAUCGCCCUUCACUGACACCGGUGGAGGCAACUGUCGUCUUGGGGAAAGAAGACCUCACAAUCAAGAUUUCUGACCGAGGAGGCGGCGUUCCUCUGCGGAUCACUGACCGCCUCUUCAGUUACACGUACUCCACUGCGCCAACGCCUGUGAUGGACAAUUCACGGAAUGCCCCUCUGGCUGGUUUUGGUUAUGGCUUGCCAAUUUCUCGUCUCUAUGCCAAGUAUUUUCAAGGAGACCUGAAUCUCUACUCUAUGUCAGGCUAUGGGACAGACGCCAUCAUCUACUUAAAGGCUUUAUCUUCCGAGUCUGUGGAAAAACUCCCUGUCUUUAACAAGUCAGCCUUCAAACACUAUCAGAUGAGCUCAGAAGCUGAUGAUUGGUGUAUCCCGAGCAGGGAACCAAAAAACAUGGCGAAGGAAAAGGUGGCAGUGUGAAGAGAAACAUGUGGGACACUUUUUGGGAUCAAAGUGGGUCUACGGCAGUGCUGUAGUGUGUGUGGACUCUUGUCUCCGCCAAACAAAAGCAAAAACCUAAUGCUAGGACAGACAUUGAUUCAAUGAGGGAUGGAGCUCGGUUGUGUGACCUGGGAGAGGUCAGGGCUGGACGCCAGUGGACAGCAGGUGACCUAUUCCUCAUGUGACAAUGCAGAAUGACUCAUGAUUAUUCCAAAUACUGAAGUUACAUUUCUGAGUUACAUCUCUUUCUCAAUAAGUACAGGAUUUGAGGUUUGCAAUUUCAGCAGGUGGAUGUCUUAGAAUUCUUGUUGCCAUCCAAGUACAUUGGUGUUCAGUGAACAUCAAUUAUUGAGACAUUGGUGUUUUCCUGCCACGCAAAGAUUAGAGUGUUACUAGAAAUUAUGUAAAUGUGCAUUUUAUAGGGGUUGAUAUGCUCUAGAAAGGACAGGAUGGAAGAUGCCAAAGCACUUUGCAUUGAGCUUCCAGCCUAGGCAUUGUGGCCUAUGCGCAAACUUGGAAGAAAGCUUCUUUGGCAAGACAGCUCCAGUAUCAUGCAGCCUUUCUUGCUUGGGCUGCACUCCAUAAGCAGGUGCGUUUUGGCCAUUGCCUAGACUUGGGUGAAUUGUUAAAUAUGCACUAAAUUCGGGAAGUUGGAUUGGAAAGGAAGAUAAAUUGUCAAAGUGAUCCAAAGAUUGUAUGUGGAAAAACCCAUACUAGAAAAAGAAAUCACAUAUUAAGAACUUAACUGGGAAGGAAUGGAUGUUCCCUAACUGGAAGUCGUAAAGAAUCCAAGAACAUAUACUUUCCAGGCUCAAAAAUAUUUGCAUUUAUAUUUUAAUUAUAUUCUCUACACUCCAAUAUUAACAAAUUUGUUCAAAUUUCUAGUUGCCAAUUGGCUUGAGAGCGUUAAAAUUUAAAUCCUUCUUGGAGUUUUUGGUUUUGGCUUUGGUUUUUUAAUGGAGUAGUCUGGAAGCAAAAUGUUCUCAUACCAGGAUUAUGUCACUUGUGAGUCAUGGAGACAUUGAGAACUAUCGACUAAAAGCUGCGCUGUGCGUGGUGCCCAGGGGAGUGAAGGUUUAACUGGCAGGCAUGGAUGAUCUGCAUUAUUCAAGAAAGAAAAAAAAAUGAACAAGGGAAAGGAUGGAGAGAGGGAAGGAGGGAAGCAGAGGAAGGCAUCUUCCUAUUGUCCCCACAGGCUCUUCCAAAGAAUCUCCUGUGUUUUUCCUGGGUAGGGAAGAGGAUGAAUUGGUGUCUUGGAAAGCAGUUUAGCUUCCUAAAUGGGUCUUACUCUUACAAGACAGGGGCUUUGUGAGAUAAUAAAUUCAUUUGUGUCAAAUUACAAUUGAAACUUUUUCUGCGUUGUGAAAUUACCAGUCCUGUGGGACAGGGAAUUUGAAAUCGGUAUUUCAUUUCAUGCUGACCUAGUAUUGAGCUGCUUCUGGCUAUGGCAACAGAAGCCACAACUGUAUGUUUUGAAUUUCAGAUUUUAUCUUUAGAGUCCUGGUCAGUGACUUUGAUGGUAGGACUGUGAUUCCUGCAUUGACUGAUCACACAAAAGUGCUAGCAUUUAGCCUACCUGUUGUAUUGUUGUUGUUGUUGUUCUAACUGAAAUUUCAACUGUACCUUUGUACAUAUAAAUACUUGUGUUUACCAAAGAACUAAGGCAUUUGGUUAAAUAACCCAAACACUGUGACCUAUGUUUAAAAUAAUAAAGAAAAUCUUUAGGAGCUCAACAGCAUCAACUGUGUAAAUUAAACUGAAACAGUCUUCCCUGUUAUUUGUAAACCCAUGGGAGACUUUAGACUCUAGUGGAUAGAUAUGAAUGCCCAGGCCCACUUAACUUAUUAAUGUGUGAAUUACAUUUUUGUCUUUAGGUUAUGUGCCAAAAAAUGUGAUAAUUUUAUAAUAAAUAUUUUUAUUGUAAUAA